AUGCCAAAUGGGGAAGAUAUUCUUGAAGCACUUCGUUGUUCAAUUGGUUUAGUAUCUCUAAUUUACGUCUGUCGAUUAUACAUUAAAUUAUCAAAUUUUCCACCAACAAUUUUACCGUCUACUGCUCGAACCCAAUUGAUAAAACAAGCAGUAAAUGAUCGUUAUGACAGCAGUCAUACAACUGAAGAUAUUAUGAUGGUGACAAAUAUGAUUGAAAUAAAUAAAGAUAUGAUUAAUCGAGUAUUAUUACUGUCAGAUUUUAAUCAAAAUAUUAUUAAAUUGGAUAUAAAUCAUAUUACAAUGGAUGUUUUAAACGAUUUGAUCUUAUUUCCAUUCACUAACAUCUGUAUUAAUUGCACAAAAUCACUUACUUCGUAUCGAUACAAAUUAAUUCAUGUUAUUGACUGUUUUAAAAUUAUUCGAGCAAUAGCUGUAACUGCUGAGUGUAAAACAUGUUCACUAAUUUAUAAUCAUUCAUCUUGGUAUUCAUUGAAGAAUCGAUGGCGAAAGAUUAAUAAAUCAUCAUUAAAUAGUGCACUUAAAAUAUUUUAUUUAUGUGAUUCUUUUGCAUUUACAUAUUCGGUUUUCUUUGAUUAUACAUGCCAACUUCUACAUGAUCAAUGUCCAUUUCAAGCUUUUUCUCGAAUACUUAUUGAUCGGUAUAAUUACGAACGUCAAAAUAGCAACAUCAAUCUUCAACCUAUUCCAUUAGCAAAAUUAUUUCAAUCUCAUUGGUUAUUAUAUCAAAUUGUAUGCUUUGAAUUUAUGUUAGGACGAACGCAAAUAGUUAAUUUACCAGUUUCACUUAAUCGUAAUGAACUUAAUUAUCAUUUUGAAUGUUAUUCUGGUUGGUGGUAUCAUUUAUUCACGACAUUUUGGUCCACACAUAAGUCAAUCCCAAAUAUAAAAUGUUGUCCUUCAGAUUGUAGUCGAUGUAUCAUUGUGGAUGGACAUCAAAAAUGUCGACGAUUAGUAUGUAGUUUUAAAAAUAUUGUCGAUACUUCCAUUGAAGAAAUGACUGCAAUUGAAAUUGGUUGUCCAUAUACACCCUGUCGAAGAAUACAAUCAUCGAAUUCAGUUGAUGCAAUUUAUUGUAGAUAUCAUCAACCCUCAAUUCUUUUAUCGCCGUCUCUUAAUUUACAAAAAGCUGAUGAUAUGGCUGCUGAAUUUUCGAAAUGGGAUAGAGACUUUCUCUCGGAACAUAAAAUUCAAUGCCAAAAUUAUCGUAAUGAUAGCGAAGAAAUAAAAAAAAAUAAAUCAUAUGGUAUACUAGCAUCAUAUCAUCCAUGUGGAGUUGCAGUCGGCUUUACAGAAGCAAUUAAAGCUGAAGGAAUGCGUUCUGUCACCCGUCAUCUUUUAUCGAUGAUCAUUAAUGGUUGUCUUAUGCCAGAUGCACUCAUGUAUGACUGCGCCUGCGCAUUAAAACUUCAUUGGAAUAAAUGGUUAGGCAGCGAAAUGCUAAAGACAUCAACAAGAACACAACAGCUUCCAACUCAUCUUGCUCUCGAUAACUUUCAUCAAAAAACACAUUCAAGAUCAAUAUGCCAAACCAUUAUGAAAUCCGAUCAUCCAUCACAUGAAGGACGAUUUGUUGGAUAA